UCAGAAUUCCGAGUUACGCGCCUGAGAGUCAAGUCGUUUCAAUUUUCGCGUUAUGAGACUUUUAAAACGUGUAAAUAAACUCGAACAUUAAAUAUACGCUAUUAAACACAUUAGACUGUGACCUGGAAAAUGAGUCUCUCUGUAAGCGUCGAGGUGAAGAGGGUUGACAGUUUGUUUGAGGAAGUGAAGUGGAAAAAUACACAAGCAAACUUGACAGUGUUGACGGCGUUUCGCAAGGCAUGAAUCUCCCACACGGCUUAUUAUUAACAGCAACAGCUCCGGUUUAAUUCCGGGUUAUACGGUUUCAAUUCUGGUUUUGGGCCAACAAAGAUCGCUGUUACUAGCUAUCCACGAAAAGACCAUAUUUAUCAUGAGUGUAGUGCGCAGAGUUGCUAUGAGGGCUGGGGUGUUUCUCCCUCAGCCCAGCGUUCAGGUGAUGAUGGCAGCGCGCUGUGUGUUUGCAGGGCCGAUUAAGCGACUUUCCCCCCGGGUUAGUUUUACUCAGUCCCGCUCGUGGUGCUCUGAUGGGCCAGUUUCUGAUCGCAAUGAAGUCCGGCUGCAUUGGCUGGAUGGUGAAGACAACGGUAUAGUGGAAGUGCUGAUGUGUCGUGACAGAGCGCGGAACUCUCUGGGUCGCGUGUUUGUGAGUCAGAUGAGAGAGCUGGUGUCAUCGAUACAUCAUGACGCAGCAGUUCGUGUGGUGAUCUUUAGGAGUUUGAUACCCGGAGUCUUUUGUGCAGGAGCAGAUCUUAAAGAGAGAGCCAAGAUGAGUAAUCCUGAAGCAGAGCUGUUUGUUCAUGGCCUGCGAUCACUAAUGAGUGACAUCGCUGCGCUGCCCAUGCCAACCAUCGCGGCGGUGGACGGCUUUGCUCUCGGGGGCGGUUUGGAAUUGGCUCUGGCGUGUGACCUUCGCACUGCAGCACAUUCUGCGCAGAUGGGCCUGAUUGAAACUACAAGAGGAUUACUCCCAGGGGCUGGAGGCAGUCAAAGGUUGCCCCGGACGGUGGGCUUUGCCAUGGCAAAGGAGCUGAUUUUCACAGGACGCCGUGUCGGGGGUGAAAAGGCUGCAGAAUUGGGGCUGGUCAACCGCUCCGUGCCACAGAACCAGACAAGAGACGCGGCCCACAAAGAGGCUCUUAGUCUUGCACGAGAGAUCCUGCCUCAGGCCCCGAUUGCCGUGCGAAUGGCUAAAUUAGCGAUGAAUCGAGGCUCUGAGGUGGACAUCUCUUCAGGUAUGGCUAUUGAAGGAAUGUGUUACGCCAGGCUCAUUCCUACAAAGGACAGACAAGAGGGCAUGGCUGCGUUUAUAGAGAAGAGGCUACCAAGGUACACUGGAGAGUGAAAGUUUUAACAGUACAGUUCAAACAUAUUUUACAUUCAGUACAUUUUGUACAUCAAAAUUCUUUUGAAAUCACAAUGCUUAAGAAUAACCACCAAAAAAUGUUGUCUUGUGUUUCUGGAUAGAGAAAAUGCAUGAAAUAAAAUACUUUAAAAAGUAAUAAAAAAUUAAAUAAUUCAUUCUUAUAAAAAUAGCACCGAUAUUUAGAUUUUGACCGAUAACACUAUAUAUUUGAUAACUGAUAUAUUGUCUGAUAAAUCUAAAUGCAUUUUUUUUCAAAUAUUUUUUGAGAGCCUCAAAAGUCUCACAAUUAAAAUCCAUGUGACAAAUAUUAUCAUAAUUUUAUGUUGCCUAUAUGACAGCACAUGUUGCACUUGACGGUAUUUUCCUUCUUGUGGUCAUUUCAAUCAUAUUUCAAGUAAUUCAAAGCCAUCAUGGCAAACAGUGUGCAUCUAAAGGAGGAAAUAAUCCAUUAUGUAUCAGCUUUGAUAUAUACAUGUCAAAUUUUCUUCUCAGGGCGAUAUCAUUAAAAACUAACAUAUAUCGGCCAAUACCGAUAUAUUGUGCGUGCGUCCUUAAAAAAUACAAUAGUUUGUCAUUUUGAAGUUAGGACAUUGAAAUUGCAAUAUUUAUUUAAAUGCUUUACUUUGAGAAAUUCUUCAACAUGAACGUGUUAAUAAAGAUGGACAGCAGACUUAAGCAACAGAGGUUUUACAUUCUUUAUUCCCCAAACAUAAUUUUGCAUAAACGGAAAUCCGAGCGGCAGUAUAACACUAUAGCAUUCUCUGCUUUUGCAGCUCAAUCCUCACUCUGCGUGAGGAAGAUAACUGUAGUACAACACAGAACCAAAAUCCACAUACAUGAUGAGAUUCUCCACGCUCUGUCUGAAGAGUUCAAUGAACCCAGAGGUCAUUUGGUCCAUUUACACAGCGGCAGAUUAUAUUUAACCUCAAUAAUUGUUAGUGCCGCAACUUUAUCCAAAAACAGGCAGUGUUGUGAUGAAUUUCAGUGGUAUAAACCUAGCCAAAGUUGCCAAACACUCAACAAAAUGACAGUCCAAAUUAUAACAAGGACUUAUAUUGCAUGCCAUUUGCAAGAACAGCUGCAUGACACAACAAGAUUUUCUGGAACAAAGCAUAUUUGUUGGAGCAUCUCAUCAUUAUUCAUGGCCCAGUUGCGAAUAGAAAACCAAA